UAAUGUGGGGCUGCUUCAAGCUUACCCUAGCAGAUGCGCAGCAUCGGCCUUAUCUAUCAGGUACGGCCCCACUUACGAAUUGCGUAUUGCCGGUUGAUAAACACUCUACGGUGAGCGGUAUUUCUAAGGAUUAAGAGUUUGAUAAACUGAUCCUACACCAUGGAAGAGGAUGAUGAUUUCAUAAGAUUUGCCAAAGCUAAUCUUGGCGCGGAGAACGUCAAAAAAGAGAUUGAGGAAGCGGUCCGGAAAGGUGGCCCUGGAGGGCUUGCAGGAGUUCUCCAGGAAAAAAACGAGUCGUGGAAAAACGUUCCCCUUAAUAUUGCUGUUAUCGGUGCAAGCGGCACGGGAAAAUCCUGUUUUAUCAACGCAUCGCGUAGCAUCACUGCAGAGGACGAAGGUGGAGCGGCAGUUGGCAUAGUGGAGACUACCACCGAACCUAAACCAUACGCUCAUCCGGAAAAUGGCUUGAUAAUCUACUGGGAUCUGCCUGGAUGUGGAACGCCGGGCUUUGCUAAUCAUGAUGAUUACCUCAAAAAGAUUGAAUUUGAACGAUAUGACUUUUAUUUGCUGUUAUCUGCGAAUCGGUUUACUGCGGACGAUCAGUGGUUAGCAAAAACAAUACGGGACGCUAAGAAAAAUUUCUUUUACGUGCGCACUCAAAGCGACAUUGAUGUGGAAAAGCACCGCAAGGCCUACCCCAGAACCUGGGCGGAGAAACCUGUUAAAGAAAUUCUUGACCUUGUCAGAAAUGACAUUAUACACAAGCUUGGAUUAAGCCCAGAAGAGCAAUGUAACGUGUUCCUGAUUAAUAGUUACGAGGUGGAUAAAUUGGACUUUGUUGAAUUGCAGCGAAAAAUCUUGAAUUCCUUACCGAAACUCAAGCGGGAAGCAUAUUUGUUCUCUCUAAAUGUCAUGGGGACACUGAGCAAAACAAUUCUCAAGGAGAAGGUGGAGGCUCUUCGAGGCUACACAUGGAAGACUGGUCUUAUUUCUGGUGCCGUUGCUAUAAUUCCAGUACCAGGAGUGUCCAUUGUGGCUGAUAUCGCGUUGAUUUUAACCCAGAGCAUCUUUUACAUGCGCCAACUCGGUCUGGAUCCAAUUUCUCUGCAAGCAGCUGCCAAUGCCCAUGCUGUAAAGUUGGAAGAUUUACAAGAAGCGUUAACAAAAUACAUGCCGCUGGUACUUACCAAAGAGUUCCUGUUGGGUCUCUUGACGACCGUCGCCCGUCCGCUGAUGGUUGGCCAAGCAGCGGAAGAAGUGCUUAAAUUCUUUCCUCUUAUUGGAUCAUGUAUUGCGCCUCCACUUUCCUUCGCUUUAACAUGGCGGACACUAGCCGCGGUGCUCACAAAGAUGGAGGAAGCCGCCAACAAUAUAAUUGAUAUUUGUGUAGCGAAAGAGCGCCAAAAAGCAGAAAAUUAAAAUAUCCAAAUAUUUCAACGCGCGCGUCUAUAUGUUUAUUUUUUAAAAUAACCAGAAAUCGCCCCAGCCGUAUAUGACGAUAUAACCUUGCCAACUUUUAUGAUUGUAUCUGUAAUUUUUGGCUUUACUGCUGGAUUUUUACGAGUAUAGAUACAUGGUUUCGAAUCGAUAAUUCACGUUCGAGUAUUUUUAUUUUGUUAUACCUCGUUUCUACGUAUGUUUGCAUUUUUUAUUUCCACCGUUUCUAUUCUUUCAGCUGCUGUCUGCAUUAAAACA